CCUCGUUUCAUCUGCGCGUCCUUCGAGCUCGGGACGAACCGACAUUGUCGCCCGGUCACCAUCGCUUCCAAGAAGUGGGCCGCGCAGUGCCCGUAUCUGGACCACGAAGAACGCCAAGCGGUCGCCGGUCUGCAGCCCGGCCUCCUCGCCUCGCUCUGCUAUCCGACAUGCGAUGUCGCGCAGCUGCAGUUCAUCGCACAAGUCCUGAUAGUCGUGGUACAUUGGCUGGACAAGCCAAAUGCGGCAGGAGACGAGAGAUUCAUCGACCAAGUCUGCGCAAAGCUCCCCCGGGAUCGGCAGAAGUCAUGGCAGCCACGAUUCCGGCGGCACCUCCAGGCCUUCCUUGGCGCCCGGGUACUCGUCCAGACGGACAACGAACGCGCUGUGGUCCCUGACUUGGAGUCGUAUAUCCCCCUCCGCCAGGAAUCCUCGUGCGCCAAGAUCCUCCUGGACAUGAUCGAGUAUGCCGUCGGACUACACGUCCCUGACGAGGUGUACGAAGACCCCAUCCUCAGACAACUGCGGAGGAACGCGUAUGAUGUUAUGGCGUGGUCCAUAGACAUCGCCUCGGUCGCGAGCAAGCAGGCGACGAACGACAAGCACAACCUCGUCCUCGUGCUCAUGGCCGAGCGGCGCCUGACCCUGCAGAGCGCCGUGCACGCCGCCGGCGCGCUCGUCAAGAAGACCGUCGGCGCCUUCCUCGAGAACGAACGGCUCCUGCUCGCGCAGCUGCCCUCGUUCGGGCCGUGCGUCGACACAGACGUGCGCCGCUACGUCCAGGGCAUGCGCGACUGCAUCGUCGGCCUCACACACUGGCUCUACGAGACGGACCGGUUCUUCAGCGACGCAGGGGACGACGUGCGGGACCUCGGCUGGGUCUUCCUCCCGUCGCGGUGA